AUGGCGCUCCGCGCAGGGGCCGCCGCCCCGCACCCCCGGCAGCACUCCGGCCCUGGAGUUGCUGGGCCCGCCCCGGCCUGGAGCGGCUCUGCGACGCCCGCGCCACCUCCUGGCUGGCACGGGCCUGCCGCCGCAGCCGUGCCACCGCAGCCGUGGACCGGGGGCUCCUCGGGCCCCGCGGCCGCGCUGGCUCCCGCGGCCGCGCUGGCCUCGCCGGCGCCAGCCGCUGCCGCGGCGUCGGUGCUGGCCCCUCCGGUUGCGUCGCCGGCCCGCGUCCCGCCGGCCCCUGCGUGGGGCACUUCGCCGGGGCCGCAGCUGGUGGCAGGCACCGCGAUCGCUUCUCCCGCCGUCAGUGCUGUGGCAUCUGGGCUGGGGCCAGGAGGAGCGCCGACAGCGCCCGUCCCUGCGCUGUCGUCCUCUGGCGCUGCCGCGGCCGCGUCGCACCCUGGUGGGGCAGCGGCCGGCCAGGCGCAGGUCCUUGCGCCGGUGGCGAGCGCAGCCCCGGCAUGGCCGCCUGUGGUAGCCGGCCCCCAUGCAGACCCGGUCCACGCGUCGCAGCUACUCAGAGCGGCUGAGCCUCCUGCCACACCGCCUGCUGGCCUCGGGGCGGUCGCGGCGCUGACGUCGGGGCCACCCUCUGGCUCGCCGCUGCAUGCUGCGCCGACCCAUCCUGCAACGGCGCCAGCCGCCUGGGCCCUCGGCGUGCAUGCCGCCGGCGCCGUGAUGCCCGCCGGGCAGCUCGUCGGCGCCAUGGGCUCUCUUGGGCCGGGUGCCGUGGGGAUCCCGUCCGCGCCCGCGUCACUCCCGAGCCCUCGCGCGGCUGCCGCUGCCGCCGAGCUUGCCCGACUGGGCGUGCCAACGGGCGCUGCGGUUCCCGGGCCCGUGGAGCUGGCGCUGGUGCGCCUCGAGCGAGCCGUGGCCGCCGUGCACGAGGAGCUGUGCGGCCAGUUGCCCGAGCCGCCAGGCGCGGGCGCCGCCCUCGGCAGCGCGGCCGACUUGGAGGCGCGCACCGCUCUGAGCGAGAAGCGCCUGGGCCAGGUGCGGGACCUCGUGCGCACCCUGAGGACCAGCGCGGGCGCGCGCGCGGCACUGGAGGAGCAGCGGCGGCUGGCAGGCGAGGAGGCCUUGCGCGGCUGGGCCGCGGAGCUCUUCGCGAUGGUGGACGCGGGCUGCAUGGAGUCGCAGGCCCGCCUGCGCGACCUGGUCGAGGUCGCCAAGGUGCCCGUGACGAUUCCACAUCCUGUCUCCGGAGAGCUUCCGCUCGAAUUUGCUAUUCUGAGAGGGCGGGCCGCGAGCGCGCGGACGCUGAUGUCGUUGGGGGCGAAGGUCGGCGACUGCCGCGUGGGGGCGGCCGAGCUGGGUACGGCAGCGCGGCAGGCGGGUCUGGAGGAGGUGCUCCGGGAGCUUCGCGCGGUGGGGCAGACCCGCCAGGGCCGGGACGAUUUCUUCGCGGCGAUUCAGGCCGGGGACGCGGAGAGGUGCGUGCAUCACCUGAACAUGGGCGCCGAUGUCAACGCACAGGACGCGGCAACAGGGCUGAGCGCCCUGGAGUGGGCGGUAAAGCAUUGCCGCGAAGACGCCGUGGAGUUGAUCUUGAUGACGACGCCCGCGGAGUCGGUGGAGACCGCACUGCUCGACAGGGCGCUGCUGGCAGCAUGCGUUACGGGGCUCUGUAGGGCAGCGUGUCUCUUGGUGGAGGCGCGCGGCGACGCUGCAGCGAAAGACGAGCAUGGCUGGACCCCGCUUGACUGGGCGGUCAGCGAGGGCCAAGAGCGAGUGGCGCUGGAACUCAUCGCGCGGAGCGGCGUGGAGUUGGCUGACCGCGGCCGUGGCAGGCGGCACCUGGCGCGGAUCGCGCUUGGCCGCGGCAUGACCGCUCUGCUCUCGCUCCUCGACAGUGAGCUCGCCGGCUCGCACGCGGCCGCGAUGUCCGCGGUGCAGCUGGGGCUGCAGCCGGCGUCGGGGUCUGUGCAGACCGCGCUGGCGACGGCGCUGGCGCCGCAACCGGUGCCGUAGUGCUGCAGCGGGUGCAACAUCGCCGCAUGCCGAGGCGGUGGAGGAUGCGGAGGCGGACGGCCAUGUCCUGCGCCGAGGCCGGCCCCAGCAGGGCUGUGCUGCGCGGGGCGGGCGCCGCCCGCGCGCGGCGCCGCUCCCGGCGAGCUGGCACCGACGUCGAGCCUGCGCUCCUCCUCGUCGUCC